AUGUACUCUCAAACUCACCAGCAGGGCCAUGGCGCCCGGCUGAACGGUGCCGGACGCGGCAUCCCAAACAUGAUGUACAACUAUCAGCAACAUCAACACCCCUCCCAGGCCCAGCACCACCAGGGCCUCGCACAGACUGACCAUGGCCUCUCGGGCGCUAACGGCCUCGGCGGGCACCACGGUGCCUUUGCCAUGACUAGCUCCUCUCCCUUUGUUGCCGGCCUGACGAAUGGCCAUGGCGCGGCAUCCAGAGUGGCCCAGAAUCCUCCCAACGAGAUGUGGUCGGAGCAGAUGCGGCUGCACAAGGAGGCCGAGAGGGCCCAUUCGGCCAUGACGGAUCAGCAGCAGCCGCACUACUACGCCCGGCUCAAGGCUUCGGAAAAUAAGGGCAUCGGUGGCCCCCCGCCAUCAUCCUCCCGCAUGCAGGCAGACAACGAGAACGACCUCGUUGACAGGCGGCGGCCAUACGACUCGGCCGAGACGAGGCGACAGGACUGGCACAAUAUGGACAUGUCGGGCCAGGGCCUGCGAAACCUCGCUCCCGAGCUGUUCCGCUACCAGUUCCUCAACGAGCUGUACAUUGCGUCCAACAAGCUGACCCGCCUCCCGAAACAGAUUGGCGAGCUCCGCCAGCUCCGCCACCUCGACGCCUCCUACAACCAGAUCCACGAACUGCCCGCCGAGCUGGGCAUGUGUACCUACCUCAAGCAGCUACUGCUCUUCAACAACAACAUCACCGAGCUCCCCUUCGAGCUAGGAUCUCUGCACAUGCUGGAGAUGCUAGGCAUAGAGGGGAAUCCCCUUGAGGGCAAUUACAAGCACGAGAUUGUGGAGAAGGGGACAAAGAGCAUCAUAAACACCCUGAAGGAGAGUGCUCCCGCCCCCCCUGUACCCGCGCCUAGACCAGAAAUCAUCAUCCAGGAGGAUGUGUCGCCAAGCCUGGAGAGGAUCAAGGUGUUCUCGUGGAACAUUCUCUGCGACAAGUACGCGACGCCGCAGACAUACGGAUACACGCCAUCGGACGCGCUCAACUGGGAUUACCGACGCGCGUGCAUCCUGGAGGAGCUGCGGGACAAGGAUGCCGACUUCCUCGCGCUGCAGGAGGUGUCGACGGACGCUUUCAAGGAGGACCUGAGCCCACCGCUGGCACGCAUGGACUACAAGGGCGUGCACUGGCCCAAGUCGAGGGCCAAGACCAUGUCAGAGCGGGACGCGCAGUCGGUGGACGGAUGCGCCGUCUUCUACAAGAACACCAAGUUUAUUCUCCUAGACAAGCAGGUGGUGGAGUUUGCCAGCAUCGCCAUCAACCGGCCCGACAUGAAGAACCAGCACGACGUCUUCAACCGGGUGAUGCCCAAGGACAACAUUGCCGUCAUCUGCUUCUUCGAGUCGAGGCUGACGGGCGCGCGCAUCAUCCUGGUCAACGUGCACCUUACCUGGGACAUAGCUCUGGCCGACGUCAAGGUGAUCCAGACGGGCAUCCUGAUGGAGCACGUCGCCAAGAUGGCGGAUAAAUAUGCGCAGUGGCCGGCCGUCAAGGACAAGAAGAUGAUUACGAUCCCGCGGUCGGACGGUGCAGAGACGCCCCCACCCCAAGCCGAACCGGGCCCGAGCCAAGAAUACAAGGCGGGCACGGACAUUCCGCUAUUCGUGUGCGGCGACUUCAACUCGACCGAGGACUCGUCCGUGUACGACCUCAUGGCUAAGGGUCGGGUGCCGCCGGAUCACCUGGAGCUGUCCAGCUAUCAAUACGGAAAUUUCACGCGCGACGGCAUUGAGCAUCCGUUCAGCAUCCGCGACUCGUACGCCCACAUCAAGAGGACGGCUGACGAGCUGCGCUUCACAAACUACACACCCGGCUUCACCGACGUCAUCGACUACAUCUGGUACACGACGAACUCACUCGAGGUGGUCAGCGUGCUGGGCUCACCGGAUCCGGAAUAUCUGUCGAGAAUACCUGCCUUCCCGUAUUGGCACUUCCCCGCUGAUCAUAUCCAGAUCAUGUCCGAGUUUGUCAUCAAGGGGAGGAAAGACAAGAAGCGUCUACCGGAACGAGAGGUGGAUUUCGGCAACAACUCGAGGUGA